AUGAAACUCACAUUCAAAACCCUUCAGAAGCAACAGUUUGUCUUGGAUGUCGAACCUUCGACAACGGUUGAGAAACUCAAGAUUCUCAUCAAAGAAUCUCAAGGUUUCGAACCUGAACAACAAAAGCUGAUCUUCAGUGGUAAGGUCUUGGCAGAUGACAAAACAAUCGAGCAAAUCGGUGUCAAGGAGAAGGACUUCUUUGUGGUCAUGCUGAUCAAACCCAAGACUGCUCCAACCGUCCCAGCCCCUGCUACUGCUGCUGCUUCAACCAGCGCCACCACACCUACACCGGCCGCCGCUCAACCCGCUACGGCGGCCCCUCCGUCAACUACUGCCCCCGCCUCGAUUGAUGCUGAUAGUUCCAGCGCGGCUCCCCCGGCUACUGAAACCCAAGAUUCAGGAAUUUUGGUCGGUUCCAACCUACAAAAGACGAUCGACGAAAUCGUUAACGGGAUGGGAUUCCCGAGAGAUCAAGUGACGAAGGCGAUGCGUGCUGCAUUCAACAAUCCAGAUCGGGCAGUUGAAUAUUUGAUGAAUGGUAUUCCGGCAGGCUUAGAUGCCCUUGCACCUCCAGCUACUCUGCCAACCAACGCGCCAUCAACGUUGAAUCCAUCCGCUACGAUUCCAUCCGCUGCUGCUCCCCCCGCAGCGGGCUCGCGCAAUCUAUUUGAAGCUGCCGCAGAGCAUGUGGCUCAACUAAGACAGCCAGGCGAAGCCGCCCUUCCGACUCCGGCGCCUGCUCAAGCUGGGGCUCAAUCGGCAUCUACAACUCGUGCGCUCGAAGCACUACGGAACAACCCUCAGAUGAUCCAACUUCGACAGCUGGUCCAACAGAAUCCCGCUCUCUUACAGCCGUUCUUACAGCAACUCGGACAGAGCAAUCCCAACCUACUCGCCCAACUGACCUCCAACCCAACCCUGUUGAUGUCUUUCUUGGCCGAGGGGGCUGAGGGGCUGGAUGACGAUCCGUCAUUACCGCCUGGGAUGUUAGGUGCAGCCGGAGAGCCGGAGGACCAAACCCAAUACGUCCAAGUCAGCCAAGAAGAACGGGAUGCGAUCGAACGAUUGGUCGGUCUAGGCUUCGACCGACAAUUGGUCGUCCAGGCUUAUUUUGCGUGUGAUAAGAACGAAGAGAUGGCCGCAAAUUACUUGCUCGAACACGGGUUUGAUGAUUUUGAAGACGCGGCUACUGGUGGUAAUGCUUAA